AUGUCUCUUCAAUCAGUUAUCAAUGCGGAUGUCGAUGUCGAUGCCGAUGCCGGUGUUGAAUAUUCAACAUCUGGGUUGCAACAUCACGACUCUGAUUUGGAGGACCAACCUCCCAAUGAAAACCAAGAGCAAAAUUGGCUAACUAUCCGUCGAAGGUGCGAGCUAUGCAAGCAACGAAAGGUAAAAUGUGAUCGCGGUCAACCAUCCUGCGGUUGGUGUACUCGCAACGGCGCUAUUUGCGAGUACAAAGAACGAAAGAAGCCUGGCUUACGCGCCGGGUACGGUCGCGAAUUGGAGCAAAGACUAGAUAGGCUCGAACAAGUUCUACGUUCCCACGCUCAGAUACUGGAGUCUUCCUUCACCAACCACAGUAAUAGCCUUCCCAGCGACCAUGACACACCUCAAAGUGCGCCAGGCUUUACAUCAAAUGAUGGAUCCAGAGGUCAUGUGCCUCAUGCGGAAACCGCUCUCUUCCUCCAAAGACCUUCCACUUACCCUGGAUCCCAAUCUAUGGACUUUGCAAACGCAAUGCCCCAGACCCCGUCCAUGUCGUCCCUACACAGCGAUGUCUUCCAACAAGGAAUGCAGCAACCUAACCAACAACACAAUCAAUCACACCCACCACCCCAUCCGAUACAGACCACCCAGGCACAAGAUUUCUACAGUACGAAUCAACCACCCCUUGCGUCGCCUAGUCUAAACAUAUCCCAAAAUCAAACCGAAAUUUCUUCAGACCAUGCCCUACCUCCAUACGACCUUCUUUACGCUCUGGUGGAUCUUUACUUUAAACACGUCAAUACUUGGUGCCCAAUUUUACAUCGGCGAUCUACUCUCGACUCCCUCUUUGGCCCAUCUACAUUAGAUGAAGCCGACAGAAUAUUGUUGCACGCAAUUGUUGCCACGACUAUCAGAUUCUCAGUGGAUCAAAGGUUGACAGAAGACAGACGGCGGCAUUAUCAUGAUAUUUCCAAGCAGAAAGUUUUACUUUAUGGACUUGAGAACUCCUCGGUCAAGGCUCUCCAGGCCAUGGUCAUAUUAGCCCUGGACCUUGUAGGAAGCAGCAAUGGUCCUCCAGGAUGGAACCUCUUGGCACUUCUUACUCGCUCCGUUGUCCAGUUGGGACUUGCAGUCGAGACGACAUCAUUCUCUGUAUCACCAUUAUACCCUUCUAUUUACACGCUUCGAGCCAUGGUUCUACCAGAAUCAGACAACUUCAUCGAAGAAGAAUCUCGGCGACGGCUGUUUUGGAUGGUGUAUCUUCUUGACCGAUAUGCGACACUUGCCACGGCUUUCGAGUUUGCCCUGGACGAGAAAGAGAUUGAUCGAACGUUACCGUGCCGGGACGAUCUCUGGAGCAAGAACCAGGCAGUGCAAACCAGGUGGUUUCGAACAAGUGAACGUACGGAAUAUGAUAUAGACAAACCGGAAAACUUGGGUGCUUUCUCCUACUAUAUUGAGAUUUUGGGUAUCCUAUCUAGAAUUCAUAAAUUUCACAAGAAGCCCGUUGAUAUCAGCGCAUUAUCGGACGUAGAGCAAUGGCAAGGAGAGUAUCGGGAGCUUGAUAACAUGCUUACAUCUUGGAAGUUCAAUCUUCCUGGUGACUAUGGCAAUAUGGCAAAGCUCUUCCAGCCUGGAGGUAGCAAAUCGAUUAAUUGUGGGUGGGUAAUGCUGCACGCAACAUAUCAUACCGCGGUCAUCCGACUUCAUUCAUCAGCUGCAUAUCCUACAACCCGUUCUCCGAUUUUUACGCCAUCGUAUAGUGCUAGCCAGCGCUGUCAUGGUGCUGUGGAGAAUGUUGCGGCACUUGGCGAAUUUGUCGUCCAAAAUGGCAUGCUACAAAAGCUUGGCCCUCCAUUUGCAUUUACUUUGUGGGUAGCAGCAAGACUUCUGUUGGUCCAUGGUUCAACGAUCGAUCAUAAGCUCAGCCCACAGAUUCAGUUCUUUGUGGACUCCCUUCGAGAGAUGGGUCGUUAUUGGCUAGUCGCGGAAAAUUAUACAUCGAUCCUUCAAAGAGUUCUUGAUGAACACCGAGAUUCCGAACGCUCUGCUGGCGCCAACGGAGAAAGGGUCACGCCAUCUUCUGUAAAGAUUCUUGCAGACAUGAGACGUUGUGCGUUCGAUUUAGACUUCUUGAUGUCUAGACAGCCAAAGCAUGUUGGAAUGGUGCCUCGAAUGCCAAGUGUAACUCCAGCUAGGACACCAGCGCCGAACGAACUCGAGUAUCUAGAUGUCUUCGAUUUUUUCAAUCUACCGAGACUCCCGGUAGUUUCGGGUAAUAGCGAUAUGAACCACAUUACAAGCAACGGCGAUGGCAAUGGUUAUGGCACUGGAAACGGAAGUGGAAAUGGUGUGGGUGAGAUGGUGUCACAAGAAUUGAGCAAUGGAGCGAACGAGUUCAACAUCACUAACUUUAUGGUUGACGCCAACUCGGAUUGGUUCAAGAAUCAGACCUGA